UCCCUCCUUCUCCCAUUACACUCCUCCCCUCUCUUCCCAUCUUGCAUCCUAUACGCCUUCGUUCACUCCUUAGUUGAAUUCGCCCUCCUUGUUUGGUCUUUGUUUCUCUUAGACCCUCAUGGCCAUGAUGGAGGACAUCGCUGCUCAGCCUGAGGCUCGCGUCCACGAGAUCCGAGUCAUCGAGGGUGAAGACAUCGACGAUGACAGCUCCAUCGUCAGCUUUGAGCAUCUCCCCGUAAGCAGGGGCAGAGUCGUCCCCCCGCCCAAGGCCGUCCUCAAGGUUGAUGGCAAGGUCCCGGAUGUUCUCUACGUUCUCAAGUACAUUGGCUGGAACGACAAGGUCGUCGAGUACCGCCAAAGCACCCAGGCCUUCAAGGACGUCCCGGAAUUCGAGGGUGACGCUGAGGAUGAGGCCAACAUCCCCACCGAGAAGCCCGUUAUCGAGAUCAUCACAAAGGUCUUCACUGCCAAGGCCGCCCGUAGAUCCGGCCGCCGUCAUCGUGGUCGCGGUGGCCCCGGUCAGACCGAUCGCCCCAUCACCGAGACCUUUGAUCAGGUCGACUACCGCUACGACGACUACGUCUCGGAUGACGAGGAUGAUCUGGAGGCGACCCCUCCUGACAAGGCCCGUCCCUUCAUGACCAUUCAUUCUGAGCACCUCAUCAACGCCCUGAAGGCCGUCGUCGCCUACUACCCCUACAUCAACCUUGAUGGCAAGAUGGUCACUAUCAACCCCCCCUACCGCGUUCUCUACCACCACCGUCGCGAGCUCGCCAACUAUCGCGACAACCAGCCGCCCACUCACGACGCUGAGUACGCCGCCACCACUGCCAAACACAUCGACGCCCUCCUGGGCUUCCUCGAUAUGAACCUUGGUGACGAGAUUCGCCAAGAGGAGGAGCGCCAUGGUCUCAAGGUCCCCAAGGCCACCUUUGAGUACUUCUGGCUCCUUCUCAAACCCGGCGAGGUCAUCUACUCCAAGCGAUACGACAUCUGGGCCCCCUAUGUCAUCAGCAGUGUACGGGUCAAUCAGCACGCCUACAGUCCGUAUGAUGUCUACAAGGUCAACUGCUGGAUGAUCGAGACCAACGGAACCAAGGUCAACCGCUACAUGUACAGCUUCAACGUCUCUCCCUGGCUCGGUGAGCAGGCCAUUAGCAGCCUCGGCGUCAUCCCCGCAGCCUUUUGGCCUGAGGACCUUGACGCCCAAGGCGGCCUCACCAUGAAGGAGAAGUGCAUCCAACAAGGCAAGCUGUACUGGGAGCUUCUCAAGCGCCCAACCUAUAUGGAAUACGAGGGUCUCCUCGUCAACUCUGGAUCCGGGAACCGCCAAUCCCGAGGCCCCACGGGUUUCAUGCGUGGCCGUGUCAUCUGCGAUGCUCCUGGCUUCGACAGCUACUAUAACUUGGGCCCUGAUUGCAUGCGCGGCAUGGCUCGCUACCACCGACCUCCUGCCCUCAACCAGACCGCACCCCCAGUUAAGGACCAUCUCCCCAGGAACCAGCCUCGAUGUGGAUGCCGUGCCUGUGCGACAGACCGCUCGAAAGAGGUCGACAGCCCCUUCCUCAACUUCGAGGACCUUGAUCCUAUCCACGACUCUCCUCCAGAGAAUGACCUGUUCUAUUUCGUUGCCAGCAACACUAUUCCUGGCUUCAUCCUCGGCGAUCGUCGCUGGGGCCACUUGAACCUCGGUCUUCUCAGGCCGGUCGUGACAGACAAGGAAGCCUUCAAGUAUCUCGUUCUGGACGAUGAGGUCAAGCUGACUGUCAAGGCUCUGAUUGGCAAGUUUGCCACUGACCUCGGCGCUGGUCUCAUCGCGCCGUGGGGCAAUGACUUUGUCAAGAACAAGGGCGAGGGUCGCAUCUUCCUCCUUCAUGGUGCUCCUGGUGUCGGCAAGACUUGCACCGCCGAGUGUGUCGCUGAGUUGACCAACCGACCUCUCAUCUCCCUCACGAGUGGUGACCUGAGUGUUGACUCUUAUAACAUCGAGGCCAACCUCAGCUAUUUCCUCGAGCUUGGCCAGCGGUACGGCGCCCUCGUCCUCCUCGACGAGGCUGACGUCUACCUCGAGCGACGCCGCUCCAAGGACAUCUCUCGCAACGGCCUCGUAUCUGUCUUCCUGCGUGCCCUCGAGUACUACCGCGGUGUCCUCUUCCUCACCACCAACCGCGUCCAGUCCUUUGACCCGGCCUUCCUGAGCCGAAUCCACGUCGCGCUACACUACAAGAACCUUCGAGAUGAGGACCGUGAGCGCAUCUGGACCAACAACUUUGACCGCCUCACCCGCGACUCAGAUAACCUCAUUCACAUCUCGUCUGCGGCCCGCGAUUUCGCCUGGAACAGCCGCGAGGUUCGCAGCCUCAAGUGGAACGGUCGCGAGAUCCGCAAUGCUAUGCAGACCGCUCUCGCCCUGGCAGAGAGCGACUCCCAGGAAGAGAACUCUGACCGCAUCCUCCUCGAGGAGAAGCACCUUCGUGCUGUUGUCAAGAUGAGCCGUGGCUUCCGUGACUACAUCACGACCUCUAUCCCUGAUGACUGGGAGGAGGACAGGGGCGUUAUUCACGAGUAUGACGACUCGGACAGCAUCCGCGACUAGAGCACAAAAGUUCCUAAAUUGUAUCUCGAUCACUCGCGCGUGUAUUUCUUAUAUUAGCUUAGUUACCUGUCGUUUAUGAUUCCGAGUAUUGGAGAUUCUGGGCAAGAUUGGAAAGAUUGACCCAUGUUGGAUUAACGACGAUACGAUAUCACU